UCAGUGCCGCGCGCCUCGCGGCCUAGGCAAAAUCGGCGCCGGUCAGGUUAGUGCAGGCGGCUGUGCGGGCCCCGCUCCCUCCGCGCGAACCCCAGAUUCAGGCCCGGCUCGGCUCGGCCAUGGCCAGCGACUUCUACCUGCGCUACUACGUGGGCCACAAGGGCAAGUUCGGCCACGAAUUCCUGGAGUUUGAGUUUCGGCCGGACGGCAAACUGAGGUAUGCCAACAACAGCAAUUACAAAAAUGACGUCAUGAUCAGAAAAGAGGCUUACGUCCACAAGAGUGUGAUGGAGGAGCUGAAGAGGAUCAUUGACGACAGUGAGAUUACCAAAGAAGAUGAUGCUUUGUGGCCUCCGCCCGACAGGGUGGGCCGGCAGGAGCUUGAAAUUGUGAUUGGAGAUGAGCACAUUUCCUUCACCACAUCCAAAAUCGGCUCCCUUAUUGAUGUGAACCAGUCUAAGGAUCCUGAAGGUUUGCGAGUAUUUUAUUACCUGGUCCAGGACCUGAAGUGUUUAGUCUUCAGCCUCAUUGGUUUGCAUUUCAAGAUUAAGCCCAUCUAGGCCGGGCUGUGGUUUUCCAUUUUUUUUUUAACUUUUUCUGUGUGGUGUCAAACGCCUUUUGUGUAAGCUAGGAAAAUAUUUUUUAUAUGCUGUAUGAGGGAUUGUCUUUAAUAAAUAUGUGGGCGACUGUA